CACUAAGCUGCCCACGCGACUGGGGCCUCUCCAUCGUCUCACAACUUCUUCUUCUUCUUCUUCUUCUUCCUCUCCCGGCUUUGCUUCUCUUCUUGCGCAUCCACACACCCAACCCGCCGCCAGACUCCGUCCAGCUGGUGCGCCAUGGCCCGCGCCUCGUCCAAGAAGAUUGCCGCGUCAAACGCGUCGACGAUCCGCGUCCUCACCUACGGCUUUCUGCUCACCAACGUCAUCCACCUCCUCUUUGUCUUUGGGCCCCUCCAGCGCUUCUCCGGCAGCCAUGGCCAGACGCUUGCCUCGCGUUUGUUCAAGUUUGUCGCCACGGAGCUCAUUGCUGGUGGCUUGGCCGUCGUGCUGCGCGGCAUGGCCAGGCAGGGCGACGAUCUCGCCCAGGAGGGGCUGACUGCAUACAUGUUCGACGUUGUCUAUAUCACCUGGUUCGUCCACGUCACCACCGCCAUCUUUUCCUCGCGCUUCUGGUGGACCUACCUCGUCAUUCCCGUGUAUGCAACCUACUUUGGCUACUCGAAGCUCGUCGUGCCCUUCCUGCUCGGGGGCAGAGAUCCACUCAAGGGCGUCUUUGGCCUCUUUUCGGGCGCUGACUCGGCCGGCGGCUCACCCGGCUCUGCAGGACAGGCAGGCGCCGCAGCGGGCCAGCCAGAGAUGAGCAAGCGACAGGCCAAGCUGCAGAAGCGUGCAGAGCGAGGCGAUCCCCGCGUGGCGCAGCAGCAACAACAAACGAGGCGCAGAUAGAUAGACUCUCUUCCCUCUCUCUCUCUUUCUUGUUUGUGGAAUAAAUGCU